AUCGCGGAGGCUGGUUGUCUCUUGUGUCGGUGUUGUGUGUAGUGGCUGGUGUGUGCGUGUGUCUGUGUAUGUCUACAGGAGGGCGACUGGUGGUCCGAGGCUCUGGUCAUGGGCCUCAAACGGAGGAGAGAGUUGGUGAAAUGUGUGGUGGUGGGAGACACAGCGGUGGGCAAGACUCGGCUGAUCUGCGCUCGUGCCUGCAACAAGCAGCUGUCUCUAUCUCAACUGCUGACCACGCACGUACCUACGGUCUGGGCCAUCGACCAGUACCGCAUCUACAAAGAUGUUUUAGAAAGAUCAUGGGAAGUAGUCGACGGUGUAAAUGUCUCUCUAAGACUAUGGGACACUUUCGGAGACCACGAAAAAGACCGGCGAUUCGCAUAUGGAAGGUCAGAUGUAGUUCUGCUAUGUUUCUCUCUGACGAGUCACAAUUCCCUCCGCAACUGCAAGGCCAUGUGGUAUCCCGAAAUUCGUCGCUUUUGUCCCCAAACACCUGUCCUCCUAGUUGGUUGCAAAAACGACCUUCGAUACAUGUACCGCGAUGAGGCCUACCUUAGUUACUUCAGAGAUCGCAGUCCUUUUCUGAGGGCAAUCCGCAAGUCAGAUUUAGUGAUGCCAGACCAGGCGCGCAGCAUUGCUCGAGAACUUGGAGUCUACUAUUACGAGACUAGUGUGCUGACAUAUUACGGAGUCAAUGAAGUGUUUGAGAAUGCGAUACGAGCUGCCCUAAUUGCCAGACGCCAGCAACGCUUCUGGAUGACCAAUCUCAAGAAAGUACAACGCCCUCUCCUACAGGCUCCCUACUGCCCACCCAAGCCAAGGCCGCCGGAGGUCCAUGUGUCAGCGUCCACAUACGAGGAUAGCCUGCACUGGUUGUUCCACACCCAGGCACAUGCUGAUGUGAUCUUCGUGGCCGGGGCCGUUGGUUUCUCCGCUCACCGCUUUGUGCUGGCUGCCGCCUCUCCAGCCCUGCAUCGUCUGCUAUGUACUGACCUUACAGGGGAACUCAACACUCGCAGUGCUAGCGAGUCCAGCAUGGUCAGUGUAUCAACAUUUGGGGAAGCAACAUCAGGUGACUUCAAUGAUGACACAGAGUAUCUGAUUCGAGUUGAGAAACCUGUAAGAGUGUGGGACCAACUGAAGCGCAGAUCCAGCUGCCAGGUGCUGACCACGUCCAGCAACAGUGGCAAUGCCAACAAGAAGGUGUGUGGCAGUCGGGAACUCAACCAUCCUGCCUUCGCUGCCAUCCGUGUACAGCAGUGUGAAGUGAUGGACCAGCAAGGAGGAGUGUCAAGUUGUGUUCAGACUGUGGUGACUCUGACCAAGUUGGUAACUCCACACGCCAUCCAGCAAUGUCUUCAGUUCCUUUACACUGGCACCCUUGACAAUAGAUACUCUCAGCUACAGCAGAACCUUCCACUAGGAUUGCUCAUGGAAAUUCGACAAGCAGCUGAAUUCAUGGAACUGCCAGAGUUGUUGGUUUAUGUUUCUAAUAUUCAAGCGCAUGAGGAGUUUUUAAACCCAGAGUUAAAACAGCGUUAUCGGCAGGCGAUCAGAGUGCGGCUGAAGGAGCUAGUGCUGGCUCAAGGCCUGUUUGCUGAUGUUCUCUUCCAGCUUGAUGAUGGCUCUCUGUCCGCACACAGACCUCUGCUCAUGGCUCGUUGUGACAUGAUGAGAGCCAUGUUCUCUGGUGACUUCCGUGAAGGCAGUGCCAAAGUUAUUCUGUUCCCGGGAGUGAGAACAGAUACGUUCCGUCAGCUGGUGAGCUUCCUGUACUGUGAUGACAUGGGCCCAGUGAUGCCAACACGGUGUUUAGACCUGCUGGAGCUGGCCAACCGUUUGUGUCUGCAGAGGUUGGUAACUCUGGUGGAAAAGCGAGUUGUGGAGGAACUGACCAGGAUUUGUUCAGCGUCAGACAACGGAGAUGUCGUGGAACACUGCUUGCGGCUCCUGGAAUCUUGCAAGCUCCACAAUGCAGAUCAGUUGGCUGACUGGUGCAUGAAUCAUCUCUGUGUCAACUACAACAAACUGUGCAAGAUGUCUCCCAAACUGUUGAGAUCCCUUCAUCCUGAGAACCAAGAGUACUUGUCUGAGCACCGCUGGCCUCCUGUUUGGUACCUCAAAGACUACGACUACUAUGACAAAUGCUAUCAUGAACGAGAGAAGGAGGACAGGUUGCUGUUCAAGCGAGGCUCUACAAGCGGAGGUUGUCUUUGUUUCUCGCGUGGUGGCAGUGAUGGAGUGAUCAUAGCAUGACGUCGGCUACUGCUUGCGGUGGUAACACUGCUGCUGGCUGCUACUGCCGCCGCUGCUGCCAUCUCCCUUCUCUGAUCCCUCCCCCUCCCUCUGUCCUCUUGGCACUCCCGUUUGGUGCAGUUUGCUAAAUGCUAGCCACCUUUGAUUUAUCAUUUUUAAAACCAAAUUACUUUUGAUUUUUAAGUUUUAAUUUAAAACACAGAGUAUAUUGUGUCCCGUCUUAAGAGUGAACCAGAUUUUGACCCUUUCUUGGACUUAAACUAUUAAAACAUCUGUUUAGGAUUAGGAUGGUUAAAUUUGAUUAAUAUUUUUUUAUGAAUAUCAAACACGUCCCCCAAAUAGUUUUUGUUUCCAAGAGUUCUCUAUGAAGGGAGUGUAAGCGUCUCUUUUCCCAGUAGUGGUUGAUAUUACGAGUGAAGUAGCUUUUUAUAUACUCGAUUUGACUGCCAAUAAUAUUAGCUUUAUUCACGCCAUUGAGACAAUCAGCCUCAUAAUCUCAUGGAACCUUGCUAAACUGUCACCGAGCGAUUAUUUGUUUGCACCAAACGAGGAAACUGCUGCACUCAACUCCAAGAGCUUUGCACUAGAACUGUCAGAGUCAAUUGUCCAUCUGUGUGAUAUCUCACUAACCAAUCUAGGCUUUUCUCUUCUGGUGUAAUUCUUUAUACAGAUGUAACCCGUCAUGAUUUUUCAGCAUAUCAGAAAUUCAAGUUGAUCCAUACAAUAAGUAGAUUUGAAUGCUCAUUGUUCUAUCGCUGCAAAUAUAGAUUCGUAGAAAAGAAUACCCCAUAGUUGUAGAAACGCUGUACAAACUAAAUCGGUAAAUUUUCUACAAUGCAGUGCAAAUUCAGAAUUGUAUAAGCAUUUGAUUCGGGUUGAAAACGCAACUUUCAAAUUGAAUUUCUACUAUGCUAACCAGACCAAAAUACAGUCUUUCUAAAAUUUGCACCCGAGCCCACAAUUGGUGUGGCUUUAAUGAUUUGUGUAUGUGUUUCAUUUACGCAGCAUAUUUUAACUUGUCAAACGCCCUUUCCCAUCUACCUCUUAUCACAUCUGACCCACAUGCUGGGUGCUCGUCUCACUUGUAAUGUGUUUAAUCGGUUAUUUUAAGGAACGCAGGUUUAGAGAUAUGUUUGUCCAGUCUCAGUUCGAUAGUAUUGCCUUAUGUACGGAUAGUUUAAGUUGAAUGUGCCAUUUUAGCUUAGAGUUAGAUUAGUAAUUGUGAUUGACUGUAUAUACUUGACUUCACCCACAUUGUUGGUAUUUGGUAAGUGACGGUGCAUUUUAACUUUUAUCAGUUCCGAGAUUUUUUCUCUUUGUAUGAUCUCAAUAAUUCUGAUUAAUGAUUGAAUGAAGGAUGGAAAAGGUGCUAUUUAUUUUAAGACUGCAAAAAGUAUGAAUUACUGUCACCCUUUUAUUUUUAAAAAUUUAAUUUUUACAACAAAAACUAUUGAGUGAAAUUUCAACUCUUCUGUGCCUUCCCUCAAAGAAGACUUGAAAGAACUCGUGAAAUGAAAAUUUUACUAUUAAUUUUUUAACCAAGCAAAAAAUGUAUUGGUAUUGAAUUAUGAAACAAAUUAACAAAGCUAACAACCACAUAUCAUUGUUGUUGGAUGGUCUAGAUCCUGACCUGUGUUGGCUGGUUACAGUCCCUACUUCAGUUCAUCUGUUGUUAUUAGAGACUGGAGCGAUGGACUACAGUAAAGGCUUUAGAUCUAGGUAUCAUAUUGAUGUUUUAGUAUAAGUUACUGUUUAAAAAUGAUUGUCCCAAAUUAGUUGGUAAUUUUUGUAACAUUUUAUAUAUGACAGUUAUUUCUAAAUAUAUAUUUUAUCAAGUUUUUAUAUAAUUAAACAUGUUAUGUUCGAUACUGUAUCUGAUUGUUGUAUGGUUUAUUUGUUAUAACAAACUAUUAAAUGAGCAGCGCUAUUCGCUAUUCAUAUUAGCCUAUUUGAUUUUUAUGUGUGUCCAAGUUUCUGUGUAUUUUUUGUAUGCUUCUUCGGGAGAUAACAAGCUAUUUUCAUUAAUUAUUUAACAUAAAUAUUUAAAUUUAUAUCUGCAAACGUUUUUUUUUUUCUAUUCUGUACUCUAGUUUGGUUUCCUUCAUUUAUUCAAACUAUCCAAAUUAAUUACAGUUAUUACAAAUAUUUAUUGUCUUGUAGUGGGUGUAAUGUUACAGUUUCUUAAACAAAAAUGGAUGCAGCAUUUCUAUAAAACUUCUUUUUCUUUACAGUUUGGUUGUUUGAAAAAAAUCUUUUGAAUAAGCGUUAUUUUCUUACUUAUUCAAAGCAGGUUUUCAAUGUCGUUGAAUUUUAUUCUUGCUUUUAUAGUGUUUUAUGCUUUAAGAUUUUCUUUUAAAAGCACAAUAUUGUACUUGUUGAGCCAAACCCUAGUGGUAUAGUGUUCCUAUUUUCUGUUUUGUCCAGGGUAAAAUGCAUUCGUCCCAUGAAUUGUCAAGGUUUGGAACAACCUUCAUAACAUCUCAGUCAUCGGUUCUGUAUUUAUUAUUAGUUAGUUUUUCAUACUGGUGUUGUCAAAUUACAGUAGUUUACCAAAUAGUUUGUAAGAAAUUUAGAAUUUUGUGCACACAUAAAUUUUACUGAACAAUCCACAUUUUCAAAUAAAACUUAAAACUCUCUUCA